GCAAAACACAUCGUAGCCUAACACAGGAGGAAGAAAAUGCAACUGUCUUUCUUUUAAUUUUUAAUGGCAGCUACGUUUUCACGACAUGGUUAAAAACGGAGAAGUUUUUCCUUUUUGUUUUCCGCGUACACACGUCACCAUUGUCAAAACUAUCCCCAUUCAUGCGAAUCCGUGAAAAUAACUAAAAACGCUGUAUUCUGCUGGCAGGUCAUUAGAUGGCGAUGAAACGCUAGACAGAACACGUAAUGCGCAUGUGCAUGACGUCAUCGUUUUCACAGCUUCGCCUUUUUGUUGUUUACACGGAGACCGUUUUAAAAAGUGAAACGGUGUAGUGAAAACGGCCCCUCAGUUACAGUAGACGAUAACGAUCAAAGAACAUUAAGUAGGCUUCGACUUGUGAUCGUGUAGGGACACGCUCCUGCACGCGCAUAUUUUUUUUACAGAGAUUAUCCACAACACCUGGAUUCAUUAAUUUAGAGAAUGCUCAAGCUUGCAUAUCUGUUGCCAUGCUUGACAGUCGUCAAUGCAGGUUCUCACUCACUGAUGGCUUUGGGAACAUAUAUAGUUGGACAGACACCAUUUCCUGAGUUCAGUGUUGUGCUGAUGUUGGAUGAUCUGCAAAUAGGAUAUUAUGACUCUGUCACAUGGAAAGCUGUAUAUCGCUCUCACAGUGAUUCAAAAUACUAUGAUGAAGAACAAAGUGAUGCUGGUGUCAUAUUUAAGGACAUGUAUAAUGACAUGAAAACUUUUUAUGUUAAGAAUCACCUAAAUAUCACAGAUGGUGUACAUGUUCAUCAGAGACUUGCUGGAUGUGAACUGUUGAAUGAUGAUAAACCAGGUCAAAUUUAUUUCUGGGAUGCUUUUGAUGGACAAAAUAUGGAGGAGAUUAUCUAUGACCUGGAAAAAAAAGACAUCCAGAUGAAAAAGACAUGGAUACCAUGGGACCAAGUGGAACAGCUUCAAAUAAAGUUUUUAUUUGAAAAUGUUUAUCAUCCUAUUUGCAUUAAAGUUUUGCGGAGGUACCUGAAUAUAGAAAAGAACAAUGUGAUGAGAAAAGUGAAACCCAGAGUCAGACUCAUGAGGAAGAAACUCCCAGUCUCUCAAGGGCUUCAGAUCAGUUGUCUGGCCACUGGUUUUUACCCCCGUCACAUUAACCUGACUCUGUUCAGAGAUGAUCAGCCUGUGGAUGAUGAUCAGAUCACAGGAGGAGAGAUUCUUCCCAACGGAGACAGAACUUACCAGAUGAGGAAGAGUUUGGUGAUCAGUGUAGAAGAACCAUGUGAGGGACACAAAUACAACUGUACAAUGAAGCACCUCAAUCUGGACAACAAACUGGACAUUACAUUUGGUUCAGAUGUGGCUGAAUGUGACCCAGGAUCAUCCACUCUGUCUGUAGUUAUCAGUGUGCUGGUGUUAAUGUGUGUAGCUGUUUUCAUCAUAACUGCACUCAUUAUAUGGAGGAAGAAGAGAUGUGCUGCUGGACAAGGACCUGGAAUGUUCGCGGGGCCCCUUCCUGAUGAUUUGCUUAGGGCCCCCAAUAACCUAAACACUGCCUUGCUUACUUCAACACAUCAUACAAGGAAGUGAACUAGAGUGCCCUCUAGUGCACAGAAACAUUAAGUGCAUAUAUCAUGUAUUCCUUCCAAGCGGCAACCUCCCACGGUCUCUCUUGAAGCCAACACGGAAGUGACAAUCUGCAAUUCAUCAACUGGCUGAUAGAGACAGGCUCAAACUUGUAUCUCCCCCAUGUUAAAAUGCUCAACUUUACAGCAGAAAAAAAUGUUUACAGCCUAGUACAAAAAGUAGUUUUGGUCUAUACAGCUAAUUUUUCCCUUCAUGACAACUGUGAGGGGGGUGACUUUUUAUUUUAUUUUUAUAACUCAUCUGUUUAAAUUAUAUUAAAGGGUUAGUUCACCCAAAAAUGAAAAUUAUGUCAUUAAUGACUCACC